GUCUCUGAGGAGAGGAACAACUAGGCCAUGGUUGGCAUCUGAAUGUGUGGAAUCAAGGGAGGUCAGGCUGAAGAAGAUCCUCCCUGGCCCUAGUGAACACCAGUAUCUGUGUACCCUGACAUCCACCGGAGCCCUGACCUCAACCCACCUCCACAUCUGUAUGACCUGACUUCCCCUGGGACCCCAACCUCUGCACUCUAGACGUCUGAGCAUCCUAAUGUCUCCAUGCCCUCUACAGAGCAUGGUCUUGUCCAGCUGUGACUAUCUCUGGCACUGAGCAGUUUGAGUCGGCACUCCAACCCUGUCCUUAGUCACACCCAAACAAAGUCUACAGAAACAAACUGCUAACUCACCUGCCACAAGACCAGGGACAUUGGUGAUUCUGCAAGGUCUGGUAAGGAGCUGUGGGGAGACCGUCUUGAUUAAAGUUAGUCAUGAACUGCCAGGAGGAUUUACCAUACUACACCGCUCAGAGCAGCCCAGCCAUGGGCAUGUUUAAUACCUCUAUGGGAAAGCUACAGCAGCAGCUGUACAAGGGGGAGUACGCUCUGUUCAAAUAUGCACCCAUGUUCGAAAGUGACUUCAUACAGAUCAGCAAAAAAGGAGAAGUGAUUGAUGUGCACAACAGGGCCCGAAGGGUAACUGUGGGCAUUGUCCGCACCAGCCCCCACCUUACACUCCCUGAUGUCAUGCUGCUGGCCCGACCAGCAACCAUCUGUGACGACUACCACAGGCAUGGUGCCGCCAGCCAGGAGAAAGGGGGUAAGCCCACGCAGAUCUUGGAGCUAACCAGGCUGUUUCCCUUAAAGCUUGUAAAGAUAUCCAUCCAUAACGGCACAAAACAGCAGCUCCACCUAAAGCUUGCCACCGGACGCUCCUUCUACCUGCAGCUGUGUCCCCCCUCAGAUACAAGAGACCUUUUUGUUCUCUGGGAAAAUCUCAUUUACAUCCUGACGCCACCAGUGGAGGCUUACAGUGGGACCCAGGCCAUCCCUGCUGGGAACAAACUAGAUGUGCCUGGCUUUGAGGAAGAGAACAACAUAUUGAUACACGGCACUCACUUCUAUGGAAGGGAUCAAGAUCAAAUAAGCAUCAAGAGCCUUCACAUGAGCCCUGAAGUGUUUGGGGCUACUCAGUAUGGUUAUACCAGAGGGGAGUGAAAUCAACAUGGUCCCCACAUACUGCCGUCAGUAAUUCACAUGCUGCUGAGUAAAGGGCAGCGGUGGUGGUAAGAUCAGUGGUGGCAACAGGCACCCUCACAGGUGCCCUGAAUGUGGUUGUAACCAAGUCUGCAGAUGCAGAAGAGAAACGGUACAAGCGGGAACAGUGCAAGCCUUUACAGAUUCUGGAGGAGCUAGUGCAACCAAAAUGCUUAUAUUCAGCAGGUAUUAAUACCAUUAGCAAGAGCUGGAAGCACUUCUCAGAUGGCGUGUGCAGCAUGUAAGACCUGCUGGCCUCCCCUACAGAGGUCUGUGUGACUAUGGACUGCAAGGGCAGAGGCUAAUGGCAAGCAGGUUACAAAGACAGAAGGCUCACAAUCAGGACCUCCUCAUCUCACCCUUCAGAGUGAAGUCUUCAAGAGCGAACAGAAUGGGAGCCAGGGCACCUCUGCCCAGGACUCUUUAGGGAAGAGAUUCCAUGUCUGGCACUAUACAAAGUGCAAAGCUAGGCAUCGCUUCUUUGACUGGUGAGAAGCAGUUCCCACCCACUGGAAUACAAUGAACUCGGAUUUUCUGCUUUACUAACAUGUGAUCCAUAGAUCAGGAAAGAGUAGCAAUAAAAUAAAUGGCAACUGACAAUCAGGCUUUGACUAA